UCCCGCACCCUGCAUUUCGGCGUCCAUCUUGGUCGGAGAUAGCCUUGGUUUGGAUCAGGUCCCAAGUCGGUCUCUCAAAGUUCCUGCGGCAUAGCACCGAAGUGUGAAAGUCCCUGCCUCCUUUCCGUUCCAGCAUCUCGUGCAUGACCGGCAUAUUCUCUUAGUUGCCGGGCCCGCAUAAACACACGCUCUUCCACUCCGAGACUUCGCUUCCCACGUCGUCGUCACACCUCCCAGACUCCCUCGAUGGGCUCGACAGCCGGAGCUCGAUAGCAUCCGUCCCCACCUACAUAUGCCAUACUCGAAUUCCAGUUGCCCUAAAGGCCACCGCUAUACCACUCCUAUUUGAUCGAUCCCGACAGCCGAACCUUCGCCCACCAUGACGGUUUUCAUCGCUUCUCUGUUCCUCCCCAAAACCAUCCACUUCACUCUCCCGGGUACCCCUCCGCCGGGUGCUGCCGCCGAAAAGAAGCAACCCGGAAAGCCGGCUCCGGCCGAAAAGCAGACGAGCCUGUUCCAGGCGCCCAACAUCACCCCGCCCAUUACCCCGGUCGAUGACAAGACGCGUGACCACCUAUUCACGAACGAGGACGGCCUGCGUGUGCAGAUCCCGCAGGUUGAGCCCGCGGCCGAUGGCUUCCGCGCGCCCGCAGAUCGAAGCUCUCCCACCUGGGGAGGGCGUCCCGACCAGCCCAUGUCACGCGCGAACUCGCCGCCUCCCCCAUCGUUGAUUGAGAAGAGUCGCCUGCUCCAGCAAAAAGCGAAGGAAUUGGGCCGCCAGGGUGUGACGCAGCCGCGCUCGUUGACCAGGAGCGACAGCCACGACCGCGUUUUUGCCAAUGCCAACUGGAAGGUUGUCAAUGCGGACCAGGGCAACGGAGGCCUGCGCAACGCCGCCGAGGCUGCUGCGAGGGAGUGCAAGCUGGGCGACUACAUGUGGGUCGGAACUCUGGGCAUGCCGACCGACGCCCUCCAAGGCACUCAGCAACUGCAGGACAUCUCGGACCGGCUGUACACCGAGCACGACAUGCUCACUGUGCUCUGCUCCGACAAGGACUUUGACGGUCACUACUCGCACUUCUGCAAGCAGAUUCUCUGGCCCGUUUUCCACUACCAGAUUCCCGACAAUCCCAAGAGCAAGGCGUACGAAGACCAUUCCUGGAAGUACUACGUCAACGUCAACCAGGCCUUUGCCGACAAAAUCAUCAAGAACUGGAAGCGUGGCGAUGUCAUCUGGGUCCACGACUACCACCUCCUGCUCGUCCCUGGCAUGAUCCGCAGGAAGCUACCAGAUGCCAAGAUUGGUUUCUUCCUGCACGUUGCCUUCCCUUCUUCUGAGGUUUUCAGAUGCCUGGCUGUCCGAAAGCAGCUUCUCGAGGGUAUGGUUGGCGCCAAUCUGAUUGGCUUUCAGAUCCACGAGUAUACCAGGCACUUUCUCCAAACCUGCAGUCGCCUUCUUAGCGCGGAAGCCACGCCGGAUGGCCUGCAGCUUGAGGAUCGCUUUGUGGACGUCAUCAACAUGCCCAUCGGCAUCGACCCGGUGAGCCUGAACCAGCACCGCCAGGAGGUCGAGGUGAAGAAAUGGCUGGACAUCAUGCGCGAACGCUACGCCGGCAAGAAGCUCAUCGUCGCUCGCGACAAGCUCGACCAUGUCCGCGGCGUCAGGCAAAAGCUGCUCUCGUACGAGCUCUUCUUGAACGCCAACCCCGAGUGGCGGAACAACACUGUUCUGAUCCAGGUCGCGCUCUCCACGAGCGAGAAGAGCGAGCUGGACGCCACCGUCUCGGACAUUGUGACCCGAGUCAACUCAUCCUGGGCGAACCUGGCCUACCAGCCGGUCGUGUAUCUGAAGCAGGAUAUCGACUACGCCCAGUACCUGGCCCUCUUGAGCAUCGCGGAUGCCUUGAUGAUCACCAGCCAGCGCGAGGGCAUGAAUUUGACGUCGCACGAGUUCCUGUACUGCCAGGAUGGCAAAUUCAGCGAGAAGAAGCACGGUUCUCUUAUCCUGUCCGAGUUCACAGGCACGUCGUCUCUCUUUGGCGGUAACGAGCUGUCGGUCAACCCCUGGGACUACCGGGCCUGCGCCAAUGCCAUCAAGAAGGCGCUUGAGAUGGGCGACGAGGAGAAGGAGCAGCGCUGGACUAAGCUGUAUGAGGCAGUCAACCACCAUACCGGCUCGCAUUGGUUUACGGAAUUCAUGUCGCGCCUGGACAUUGUCUACGACGAGCAGCACCGCCGCGACCAGACGUCGGUGCCGCGCCUUUCGAUGCACAGCCUUAUGCAGCAGUACAAUCGCACUGAGAGGAGACUCUUCAUUCUCGACUUUGAGGGCACCUUGGUCAGCUGGGGUCCUGUCAACAAAAUCAUUCCGGUUAGCCCGCAGCGUACUCUAGACGUCUUGAACGAUCUGCUCCUCGACGAGCGCAACACCAUCUACGUCAUGUCGGGUCGGCGGCCGGAAGAGCUAGACCGUCUGUUCCGCCGCGUCCCGAACCUGGGCCUCAUCGCCGAAAACGGCUGUUUCCUCAAGGACUGCGGGAGCACGACCUGGACCGAGAUGGCCGACUCGGACCAGAUCCGCUCGUGGAAGGAGUCGGUCAAGCCGAUCCUGAACUACUACUUGGAGCGCACGCCGGGGGCCGAGCUCGAGGACCGCCGCUGCUCCCUCAUCUUCCAUUACAAGUCGGCCGAGGACUACGAGGCGGCGCAGCGGCAAGCGACCGACUGCGCCAGCCACAUCAAUGACGCGUGCGAGGAGCAGCGCGUCCAUGCUAUUCCCCUGGACGGCUGCGUGCUCGUUGAGCCCAUUGAUUGGACCAAGACCACGGCAGCGCAAAAGAUCUUUGCCGACCUGCGGGCUAACAUGGCACCCGAUGAGAAGCACACGUCGCCCGUCGACUUCCUCAUGGUCAUUGGAGACGGUCGCGAGGACGAGAAGGUCUUUAAAUGGGCGAAUACUCUGGGCGAGGACGGGACUGUCAAGGAGGUUGUCACGGUGAGCCUGGGGAAUAGGAACACGGAGGCGACGGCGACCUUGGCUCAGGGCGUUAGCGGCGUCCUGAUGGCACUGCAGAAAUUGGCAUCCAUCGCGUAAGCAAUCGUAUUGCUGGUUCACCCGGCACAUACCAACUUCAAUGAUUCACGAUGCAGGUCUGGCGUCCCUGCGCGCCACCGUCGGAAGAGCUCGGGGUCAACGCGGGCACCUGUCCGCUACCCAUGGUCUCCUGAGGCUUGAUCUCGACAAAAAUAAGUGGGUUGGUCAUAUCCAGCGGCUGCGAUUUCAUGG